AUUUUAUCAUUAGGCUUUCGAUUUAUGCCCGGUCAAAGUGAUUUUCUAUUAAAAAAUCUGAGAUUACCUGAGACCUUAGAUGGAUUAAAAGGGUUAAGAGAUCAGCUAGGUCUAACGUUAGCAAAAGAUAGUCUUACCAAUCGUGGUACCCUCAAGUUUGAGGGUUUCUCAUCAAUACAUGCAAAAGGCUCUUUGCUCAUGAAUCGUGUUUUGCUUGAAGCUAUAACUUAUAAUUCAGGAUUUUAUGGUCGUUUCUUGGUAUUGGCACAAAUUGGCGUAGGUUGUACAGUAUGGUAUGGUUUUGUUCCCGGAGAUGGUAACAUUCCUCCUUUAUUAGAUGAUUCUGUAAUAUCCUUGUUCUCACCAAUAGAGAAUUAUGAACAAUUCUUUUACAAUCCGGAUUCUUAUGUUCACCCAGGAUUUUCAAAGAUGACAUUGAUGGAAAACCAAGAAAAUACUAUAUCAGCACUGUCAACAGCCUAUACUUCAGAGAAACCAUUUCAGGAUAUCAAAAUAGCUAUAUCUAAUAAUAACUCUAAUCUGCUUUUGGGUAUAACCUUAGGUUUGGUAAUAGUAGUCUUAAUUUCAGUAGGUAUUUCUCCAAUCGAAACAUGAUUAUGAAUAUGAAAUAUGGCAUAAUUACAAGAUCUUACAGUUGUAUUAAUCCACAGUGUUCGUUAGAAGAGCUUGCAUUAUCUAUUGAAAAAUAUUACAAUGGUCUAACUGAUAUCUUUUCAGAGUUGACAGUCUCAAGAAUGAGGGAGAUUCAACAUCAAAUAAGGACAGGAAAAUAUACUCUUUCCCCAUUUAAACUUAAAUUCUUUAAGCAAAUAGCUCAUAUAAAUGAAAAAAACAACUGUUAUUAUUAUCUUAUGCAUAUGCUGCUAGAUGAUUCCAUUAUCUACUACGGUAUUUUAUCUCCAAUUCCCGAAGAUAGACUUGUUCUUAUGGCGCUUGGCGGAAUGUUAAAUACUAGAAUUAUAAAAUUGAAUCUUCUUAAUUCGUCUUCCUUUGGCUUCAAAUUAAGACUAAAAGAUUAUUAUGUACAUAUUUGUUCUUCGAUAGAAGUGCCUAUCUCAAGGGUUUAUAAGUUAGAUAUGAUGAACUCACUUAGAAGAAUCAAUAAAGAAAAUCUUUUGACUAAGCUUGAACCAAUAGUAUCAAAUACUUAUAUAAAUCAAUUAUUGAAAGAAUAUCUAUAUAAUAAGAUUAUUCAUGAGGGGGAGGAUUAUUUCUAUAUAAUGGAUGAUAUUAUUCCACCCUUUGGAUUUCUAACAGAUAUACUUCUCAAUUUUGCUUUAAUAGAAUUGGAUAAU